GUGGGGGUCUUUCUCCAGACCGGAAGGGGAAGACGGAGGGGAGGUCGCGGGGCUGCUGGGAGCGCGAGGGGAGGCUCCCUUAUCCUAGUUCAUUUUCGCCUCGGUGUCUUCAGAGUCUCUUUGGGAGAACUAAAAACUUGCUGAUCCGGACUUCCUUUUUCUUAGGCCUAUUCUGCAUGCGACACACCAUCUCCCUUUCAUUUCUCCCAUCGUGUACUGAUAAGCCAAAUACUUGCAGACAUCGGGUACACGGAUGGGUUUUGGCAUGCAUGAUAAACAUUGCCCAGCCCUGGCGUACUUUUGCGCGGUCGGUUAGCGAAGACGUGACUUCAUUCAGAAAGACUGUUGUAUUGAGCAGCGGACCAACGACGCACUAACGAGUUCCUGCCUAGAUAGCUGAUAGUGUAGACGAGAGUGUUAACGAAUGCGGAAAAUGUAGAGAAAAGGUUGAUGUUUCUAGAGGAUCUAUAAUAACGAUAUUUGGCAUAAUGGAAGGAAUUAAGGCUUUCCUGAGAAAGUGAAGGUUUAACUCUGCUUGGCUUGUGGAGAUGUUGACGGAAAGUUCGAUGUUUUAUUCAAUAGAGUUCGGACAAUUCAGAAGAAAAGUGGGAACUUUGAUCUGCUGUUGUGUGUAGGAAACUUUUUUGGCUCUACCCAAGAUGCUGAGUGGGAGGAGUAUAAGACUGGCAACAAGAAAGCUCCCAUUCAGACAUAUGUGCUUGGCGCCAAUAACCAGGAAACAGUGAGCUAUUUCCAGCAUGCUGAUGGCUGUGAACUGGCUGAAAACAUCACUUACCUGGGUCGAAAAGGUGUCUUCACCGGAAGCUCGGGGCUGCAGAUUGUAUACCUCAGUGGCACAGAGUCCUUAGAUGAACCAGUCCCAGCCUACAGUUUUAGUCCCAAGGAUGUGUCUUCCCUGAGAACAAUGCUGUGUUCGACAUCCCAGUUUAAGGGUGUUGAUAUCUUACUCACGUCCCCGUGGCCCAAGUAUGUGGGGAGCUUUGGGAAUUCCUCUGGAGAAGUGGACACCAAACACUGUGGCUCUGCUUUGAUCUCCAGCCUUGCCAUGAGCUUGAAACCGAGGUAUCACUUUGCUGCUUUGGAAAAGUCAUAUUAUGAGAGACUUCCGUACCGAAACCACGUUGUUCUACAAGAGAGUGCGCAGCAUGCCACUCGCUUCAUAGCGCUGGCCAAUGUUGGAAAUCCAGAAAAGAAGAAGUAUCUUUAUGCCUUCAGUAUUGUUCCCAUGAAGCUGAUGGCUGUAGCCGAACUGGUAAAGCAGCCUCCGGAUGUCACUGAGAACCCUUACCGAGAAUCUGGGAAGCAGGCAGCUGGAAGAAAACAAAUUCCUGCCCCUCAGGAAGAGUCAGCUUGUCAGUUCUUCUUCGAUUUGAAUGAGAAGCAGGGAAGGAAGCGGUCCUCCACGGGCAGGGGUAACAAGCCCCCUCAUGCCAAGCAGCCACGCAAGCCUCCUCAGCCUCCAGGACCUUGUUGGUUUUGCCUCGCCAGCCCUGAAGUGGAAAAGCACCUGGUGGUCAACAUUGGCACACAUUGCUACCUUGCCCUGGCCAAAGGAGGCUUAUCUGAUGACCAUGUCCUUAUCCUGCCCAUUGGACACUACCAGUCAGUUGUGGAGCUUUCAGCAGAGGUGGUGGAAGAAGUGGAGAAAUAUAAGGCCACUCUGAAACGCUUCUUUAAGAGUCGAGGGAAGCGUUGUGUUCUAUUUGAGAGAAAUUAUAGGAGCCAUCACCUCCAGCUUCAGGUCAUUCCUGUGCCCCUCAGCUGCUGUGUGACUGGGGAGAUUAAAGACGCCUUCAUUACCCAGGCACAGGAGCAGCAGAUAGAGCUGCUGGAAAUUCCAGAACACUCAGACAUCAAACAGAUUGCACAGCCAGGAGCAGCGUAUUUUUAUGUUGAACUUGACACAGGAGAAAAGCUUUUCCACAGAAUUAAAAAGAAUUUUCCUUUGCAAUUUGGAAGGGAGGUCCUGGCCAGUGAAGCUAUUCUCAACAUUCCUGAGAAGGCCGACUGGAGGCAGUGUCAAACCAGUAAGGAUGAGGAGGAAGCCCUGGCUCGCCGCUUCCGGAAAGACUUUGAACCCUUUGACUUCACUCUGGAUGACUAGCCAAAGAGAAGGGCACACCACAGGUCACACUGAUGGCACAAGAGAUUGUUCCAACCUGUUCUACUGUCUCCCGUGGGGGCUGCCUCCCUGCCUCUUUUCAGUAUAUCCCAUAGAUCCACCUGCAGCAGGAGGCCCUUGAUUGACUUUUAUAAAGAGUCAUUCUGGAUGUAAUGAUAUGUUAAAAGAACAUCCGCUAUGUACUUCUAAGAACAGCUCUGUUUCUUCACAUCCUCACAAACUUUUAAACCCUGCAGAUUGGGUAUGGUAGCUCAUGCUUCUUUUCUCAGAAAUUGAGGGGUUAUGGCAGGAGGAUUGCUGUGAAUUCAAGGCUAGUCUGGACUACAUAGUGAGUUUCAGAACACUCUGGGCUAUGGCGUGACACCCAUAUCACCUCUCCAUCCUUGCUCUCACCCCCAAAAUGUAAAAACAAUGUCCUCUAAAGCUUGUAAAUAAUAAAAAGGGAACGCUUUUCUAAGGUUGA